CCAAAAACCCCCACUAACCAAACACCGUAGCCUCUCAUAACCACCACAAAAGAGAAGACCGCAAUCAUGGCUUCAGACGCCAAAGAUAAAGGCUCCAUCGUCUUCUUCCACCCUGAUCUUGGCAUUGGAGGUGCUGAGCGCCUUGUUGUCGAUGCUGCGGUCGGUUUGCAGGAGAGGGGACAUCGGGUGGUGAUAUUUACGAAUCACUGUGAUCCGAAGCAUUGCUUUGAUGAGUGCCGUGAUGGAACCCUCGAUGUUCGUGUUCGCGGCCACUGGCUGAUCCCAAUGUCCAUCCUCUCGCGCCUCACAAUCCUCUGCGCCAUCCUUCGACAUGUUCAUCUUCUCAUCCACAUUGCUCUCGCCGGCGAACUACAAGCCCUACGACCACGCGCCUUUAUCGUCGAUCAACUCUCCGCUGGCCUACCUCUCAUGCGCUACAUCGCUCCAUCCUCGCCAAUCCUCUUCUACUGCCACUUCCCCGAUCUUCUCCUCGCGCAAGGCCGCGAGUCUGCCCUCAAGCGCUUGUACCGACGUCCGUUUGACUGGCUUGAGGAAUGGACUAUGGGUUUUGCGAGCGCUAUGGCUGUGAACUCUGGUUUCACAAAGGGCGUGGUUAACAAUACGUGGCCGAAUUUGAAGAAGCGCACGGAAACGAAGGUGGUGUAUCCUUGUGUGGAUACGGAAGUCAAGGAGAAAGAGGACGUUGGCAGUGAUGGUGAUGUUCCGUUCAAGGGCGAGAAGAUCAUCUUGAGUAUCAACCGUUUUGAGAGGAAGAAGGAUAUUGGUCUUGCAAUUAAGGCCUUUGCUGCCAUUCCUGAAGCUGAGCGCAAGGGGUGCAGGCUCAUUCUUGCAGGCGGCUACGAUCCUCGCGUCGCUGAAAACGUACAAUAUCACUCCGAACUCGAAGCUCUCGCCUCUUCCCACGGUCUCGAACACCUCACCACAAAGACCCUUAUUACUGCUCUAUCUGCGCCUCCAACCGUUCCCGUGCUCUUCCUCCUCUCGAUCCCCAACUCCCUCAAGGCAUCGCUCCUCCGCUCCGCUCGCAUUCUGCUUUACACACCCGCCAACGAGCACUUUGGAAUCGUUCCCCUAGAAGCCAUGCUUGCCCGUACACCAGUACUAGCCGCUGAUUCAGGUGGUCCCGUGGAAACAAUCGUCGACGGCGAGACGGGAUGGCUGCGAUCGCCGAAGGACGUAGAUGCUUGGGCCGAUGUCGUGCGCAGUGCGCUGAGACUUAGCGAUGCUGAGGUGCAGAAGAUGGGCGACAAGGGUGCUGCGAGAGUGAAGGAGUUGUUUGGGAGAGAGCAGAUGGCUAAGCGAUUUGAUGAGAUCCUGGUUGAUAUCGUCAGCAAGAAGCCCCCUGUAUCUGCCAUGCGAACAGUCGUCAACGCCGCUGGAGUCUUGGUGGUUUGUGUUCUGGGAUUGGUGGCAUCAGCGCUUCUUGCUAGCAAAAAGGAAGAAGUAGUAUCGGAAUUUGCAGUCUAACAAGGUUCAUAUAGACAUCGCGAUUGAAGCGCAUCUUUGAGCGGAUGCAUAGUUGUUUAAUACACUAUCGAAUUUCACUUCACUCCCAGUACAUAUAAAUUCUUGUAUUAGGCUCAGAAUUCUGCAGUUUCAAGGGGCUAUUAUUGUCGAUGUCAGAUGCACAGCACCGACACAAAUCUUCAAUAGAUGGAAUGACAUCCAACGAAAGAAAGCAACAAAUCUCCACCCUAUCUAUGCAAAUGCACGCAAGCCUCCCUAUUUCCCCAGGGCAGGCUGCUCUGUUGCCGCCAUGUAUAGCCCAGCAUGAAAAAAUGCAAGGGAUUCAUUCUGAUUCCUCCUCCUCAUCAUAUAUAUAAACAAUGCGUCCGUCAACAUAGGACUGGCUUCCGACGAAGCGGUGACGUUCUGGGCCUCUCUGCCUUUGAUCCGAUAUAUAUUCAUCCUUAUCCUCCUCCGUCAUUCAUUCCGGCUCAUAAACCCGUCAUUAUUCUCAUUUCCUCAUCCAUACAUCCUGCCCACGAACUACUAACCAUCCCAAAAACAACACAGGAUAAAUCUUUAUAGCAGCGGAACCACCCAUGAUAUGCCAUAAAUAGCAAUGCAGUAACAAUCCCUCUCUGGGAUGUGAGCAACGAUCUAAUAACAAGAAAACACCCCAUGUGAUGCCAAGCACCGUACAAAGCGAAGGCCUCAUGCUCCAAAACAUUUCUUCAGGCAACUGAAGAUGCAACUCAACCCAUAAUGAAAAAGACUCUCAAUGCUUGUCUGGCCUCUGACAAAGUAUGUGAUAAGAGAAAUAAAUUAACUUAAUAAAUAUGCCACGAAAUGGGGAAGGGGUAUCAUGUUUCAUAGGGUGACGUCCCCUCGUCACCAUAUGCAGAGGUCGGCACCUUCUUGGCAGUUUCGGUGCUCGCAAUGCUGAUGUUGGUGUCACGUCUUCGAGGGUUGAAGACUGGAGGUCGUGGCGUAGUCUGCGCUGGCUUCUUUUUUGACUUGGCCAUGAGCAAGAUGCCGUCAUCACUGCCAUCGUCGUCGAAAUCAUCGUCAACAGGCCGGGCAACGGGAGUGCUUGUCACCGAGUCCCGCGCACCACCUUCGAGGUGGACAGCAAGAGAACCGCUGUCCAUAGCAGGAGAAUUGCCGUACACGUGAUCGAUGGGGAAGCCGUUGGGUUCCUUGUUAAAAGCCGGUGGCGUCAGACUGUCGGUGGUUUCGAGUAGUUGUGGGUGAGCGCUAACGAUGCCUGGCUUGCACAGCAGCUCGGCUUCCAUGUCGGCUGAAACAGAGCUGGCACCACUGAGCAAGGCUGGCAGAGAGGGAUCGGACUGGAAUGCCAACAUCCGCUCCGAUGUGCUGGCUGUAGAAGGGAGUGCCGAGACAGGGCUGGUAACACUUGGGCUAGUCGAUGGGGUGGCCAAAGCUUCCAUUGAAUCGACACUUGACGACUUAGUAGUGGGCAUGGUAUCUGCGCGUGGGAGGGGUUCAUCUCGAGUCCAUUCCUCCUGGAUAGGCGAGGGCGGGCAAGAGUAACUGAUGUGUUCAGCCUGUCGAUCACAUCGUCGCAUGCAGAGAUCUUCCGAGUGACGAGGUGGUGACGUUCUUGUGAUGGGAGCACUAUCCAUUCUCUGGAGAGAUCGGGGUCUGGUCUUGUUGCAAGGUUCAGCAGGAUGGGUUGAACCCACGUGGCUAUACUGCUGCCCGGUGGCGGCAGCAAGAGAUGAAGAGAGUAUGGAAGCUUCCAAGCGUCUAUGGUGCGAAGCCUUGCCCAAGUCAACGGACUUGACAGGUCGUCUUCCAUGACGAGGUGGUGCUUGGACACUGCCUGGGGCAACGGUGGUAUUGACGCCCACCUUAGGUUCAGCGCGCUUAUCUGAACUUGAAAAGAGGCCACGGUCGACCGACUUGGACCGGGAGCUUUCAUCCAUCGAAUCCGUCAUGUCCAAGUCACGAGUCUUUCGGACUGUCUCGGCACCUGAGUCAUCUGGUCCGCCGACUGGGCUGGAGAAGUAAGGGGUAGUAGGAGUGGUUUGAGAGAUGGGCAUGGGGGAACCAAGAUGGAGCCAGUGUUGAGUGGUUUUGGUAUGUCCGUGGCUAUGAGCGUGACGAUGGAAGGGCCAUAGAGAGGCUGCCGAUGAUGACUUCUCAGGUUCGCGUAUCGACUCGCUCUCGCUAUGAGCAUGAUGAUGGCCUCGGUAAACGCCGGCUUCGGGGAGAACAGUCGCCAACGGGUCAUAGAUGACUGAUUCGGGCUGUGGGCUGACUGAUUGGCUGACUGAGAGAGGAUGUUCAGGCGCCGCGGCAGCAUCUCGCAUGGCACUCGCAAAGUAGUCGUCAGGACGGAGACUCUUGCGUCGGUUCUCGCGGAACUGUCCGUGAGGAGUCGGAGGCCCGUUAUUGUACAUGCUUACGUUGUCGCCGGUGGAGCUAGCAGCACUACUGUUGGCCCGAUGUCGCGUUUUGCUAUCACUUCGUUCCACCAGGGGGUGCAUUACCUUGCCAACAGCCUUCUUAACCACAGAGCGAGCACGCUCGAGAAAGGUAAGAGGCACAACAGCGGACGACAUGUCCCUUUCGUCGACUUGGAUCUUUCGACCAGAAGAAGGGCGAGCAGGGUCAGUAUCGUCGAGCCAUCCGAUAGGAUUCAUGAUAUCCUGGACGACCCAUGGGUGACGCUUGAUGUCUCGAAGUCGAAUUCGCUUUUCGGGGUUCUUAGUGAGCAUUUGUCGUAGCAGGUCAAUAAGAAGGUUGUCGACUUCUUCAUAGACCAAGUCGUUGUCGUCACGGUAUGGGUGCAUAUUCUGGCGCUUGUAGAGGGAGGUGGCGGCUGGCGAGGUUGAGGGGUGAACGGGCAUUAAGCGGCGCUUGGGGAUGUAGACUUCCUCUGUUGCGAUCUUUCUGAACAUCUGAAAUUCAUCUUCGGCGAGGAAGGGGAUUCGAGCGUAGAUCAGGCAGUAAAGUGUCACACCAAGAGACCAAACGUCGAUUUGUUCCGAAACCUUGGGUUGUUCUGUGUCCAAGUCGGUGUAGCACAACUCGGGAGCAAAGAACGCAGGUGUACCGACUGUCUUGGCAAGUUCAAGAUCAUCGUCGAAAUCCUUGGCCUCAGAUUCGGAUACUGUCUCGUCAUAUUCGCCAUCACGAAUAGGUCGACCAAAGUACGAGACGCCAAAGUCGGAAAUCUUGACGCGAUGAUCUUUACUCCACAAGAGGUUGGCUGGCUUGAUAUCGCGGUGGACGACACCUUGAUAAUGCAAGUAUUCAAGACCUAGAACAGUAUCUCUGAAAGUUGAUCGAGCUUGGUCAAAGGUGAAGCAUGGAACGUAGGAGAAGUCGUCUGAGAAGGGGUCAUGUUGUUGAGGGUUGAAAUCAAGAGAGGACAUGUGUGAGAUGAUCGAAUCAGCCAUGCUGGGAGAACGUCCUCGGAAGCCUUCGUCGACGUACGGGCCAUACAUGGUGCCAUCCAACGCAGUACUCGAAGUGGGAUUUGAUCGGAGAGCGCUGGGGGUUUCCAUAUCGUCUUCCCAAUUGAUGAACUCGUCGGGAUCUUCAACGGCCCGAGUUGACGAAACAACAGAUCGUGAUCGUGAAUGUGCCCUUGGUUCAUCGCGGAAAGUUUGUCGUGAAGUAGGUCUCGACGGUGAUCCGUCACUGAUGGCAAAGUCUUGCAUAGAGGAUAUACGAGACUGACUUCCCAGGCUGCUACUAGGCUCGUCGGCUCCUCCAUUCUCGAAACUCCAGUUCAUCUGGCCCGGGUAAUUCUGUGCCAUCUUGGCUCGUUUCAUUUGCUUGAUAGCCUGGCGGUGUUCAAGUAGUUGUUCGUAGCGAUCCUCUUCGGGAGUUGGGAGCUCGCCUCGCAUUUCUCGUUCUAUGCGUCGUCGUUCGAAUAGACAGAUGUGAGGGAGACCCUUCUUGCGCCACACAACUUCACCAAGUUCCACAUGCUCAAGAACCAUGUAGAUCUUCUUGAGCUCAGGGUCGUCAAUGACUUCGAGAAGGGCGACGACAUUCGGGUGACGGAUCUUCUUCAAGAUGGCGAUUUCCUUCUUCGUCUUGUCCUGGGGAGACUUUGCUGUAACCUUUCCAAGGCGACGCUUCUUGGAGAAACGUGGGAUGAUUUUGAUAGCCACAUUUUCGCCUGUUUCGAGGUUGCGAGCCAGCUUGACUUUACCAUGCAUUCCACGUCCAAUUUCUUCAAUCACUUCAUAUUGGUUAAUGAGCUUGCGGCCUGUGGCGGUAUCUGAGUCAAUGAGGGCCUUGUGUGUCCUAUGAUUGACAAAUGCGUUAGUGUCUGAUAAGUGAAACGGUCGGUGCAUGCCAGGCUCCCUGGCCAUCUCCCCCGCCAUAGGCGAGCAAAGCCGAUUGGAGGCGGAACAAGCGAAAAAGGGCAGAGAACUGCGAUACGAUAUUCCCACCGCAGUUUGAAAUGCUUACUCUC